AAUUAUUCUGAUGGGAAACUUGCAUGCACGUAGGAAUGGCAAUGGGCAGGUCCGGGAGGGUUUCUUGGUACCCAGAUCCGUCCCGUGGCAGGUCGGGUCCAAGUCGGGUAAUUGAUUACGGGUCGCGGGUCGGGGCAGGUCGACCCAAUGGGUAUGCAAUUUAUAUUAAAAACAUUGUAAAUAUUCAUUAUUUUUAUUAUAAGACUAAGAAAACAAACAAUAUUAUGACAAUUGCAGUUAAAUUAUUGGAGAAAUUGAGGUUUUUACUAAUUUACAACUUUCUUAUAGCUAAAAUAUGAUGCAAUAAAAGGAAAAUACUAAGUAAUUUGACUAAGAUUACAUGUAAAUUAGACAAGAACGGGUCGAGAAUGGGGCGGGUUAGGACAGGUCGGGUCGAUGAGACUACCCAUGCCCGCCCCGCCUACGGGGCGGGUCGGACCCGCCCCGAAACAGGUCAAACAGGUCGGAUAACACGGGUCAGGUCGAAAUUGCCAUCCCUACAUGCAUGCGAGGUUAUGGCUGUACAUUAAGAGGGAAAAUGUGUAAUGUAGUGUAGGGCUAUACAUAUAUAUAUAUAUAUACAGUACUGCACAUUUGGUUGUGGAUCAGUUAACAGAGAGAGAUAUUGUUCCAUAAAGAGGGAAAAUGGAUGUAUCGGUGAUAUCAAUAGAGAACAUCAAACCAUGGUCAGUAGAGCAUGAAUUCAAACCAUUCAAGCUCUGCCUGCUGGACCAACUCAUGGCCUCCACUUAUUCUCCUCUCGUCCUCUUCUACCCCAUGAACAGUAGUAGUACUGAUCGCCAUGAGAAAGAGGUGGUUGCUAGGCGGCUGAAGGCAUCUCUGUCCAAGACACUGAAUCCCUUCUAUCCUGUAUCCGGGAGAGUGAAAGACAACCUCAUCAUCCACGACUUCCAACAGGGCGUCCCCUUCACCAAAGCACGCGUGAAGGGGAACCGUCUGUUCGAUUUUUUGGCCUCGCCACCCAACUUGGGAUUCCUACACAACUUGCUCCCGUCCGAGCCAUUUUGCCUGGCGCCACAUCGUCAUCAUCAUCAUCCACUACUUGCGGUACAACUCAACACAUUUGACUGCGGUGGGAUCGCACUCGGGCUGAACAUGUACCACAAGCUCAUGGACGGGGCAACCACCAGUGCGUUCCUCCGCACUUGGGCGGCCAACUGCAACGUCGGUGAUCCCGCGGGAUCAUCGACAACAUUGCUGAAAAACCAACCAGAGUUACGCAAACCAUCCUCAGUUUUCCAUCCUCGCGACCCUGUCCUUGUCGAUCAGUGCCAGAAGGCCAUGGAGAGCAUGAUUUUCCCAGAUGUCCAUCCGGGAGGACAAAAGGCUACCACCAGGAGGUUCGUGUUUGAUAAAAACGCGAUAACGAGCCUGAGAGCCAGGGCAAGGAGCAGCAACGUUACGAAUCCGACUCGUCUUGAAGCCCUGUCUGCUUUCUUUUGGGAAGCCGCCCUCAAGGCAUCUACAACUACUACACCCGGCGAGCGACAACAGAAGCUACAGUGUUUCAUGCAAUCUGUCAACCUAAGGUCGCUAAUGAGCCCACGCCUGUCCAACAACUCCGUCGGGAAUCUUGUCACCACCGCAUUGGCGUCCUGCAAGGAUAUUGGCAACAACGUGACAAUGAAGGAGUUGGUGGGUCUCUUGAGAGAGGGAAUGGCGGGGAUCGUUGAUGAGAAGUAUAUCAACGCCAUCUCCGAUGCUGAACAUGGGUUUGAAGCCAUGCUUGAGGGCGGUAAGUUAUUGGGAGAAUGUGGCAGCGGGGAGAUUAUGACUUGCUCAAGCUGGAUCGGAUUUGGUACCAACAAUUAUGACUUCGGUUGGGGAAAGCCUCUCUGGACUGGUUUAUACGGGGACCCGACGGGGGAUCAUCCUUAUGCCAACAAUUUCCUUGUUUUCAAGGAAUUAGGUGCUCGAGUGCGUGAAAAUUCGAAUGCCGCCAUAGAAGCAUGGAUAAGGCUGGACGAAGACGUCAUGGCUGUUCUUGAACAUGAUCCUCACUUCAUCCAAUAUGUUUCCCCCAAUCCUCCUAUCAUUCUCAACUGAUUAUGAUGUUAUAUAUCAAACAGCUGAUGAUUAGCUAAUGGACAGUUAAUCACUAUUAAUUACCUCAAUGUAUGUUUCAUGGUUUAUUUUAUAUUAUCUUGAAUAAUGAAUGAAUGUCUUGGAGAUUUGGCAUAUGGUUUAAGUACUGAUAUACAAAAAAAAAAAAAAGGGACUUCAUGUAUAGACACACACAAAAGAGCUAGACAUGAAUGGAAUUCAUAAUGUUUACACAUUAUUUUAUUCUUUGAUGUAAUCUAAUCAAACUUAAUAAACAUUCUAUCCAUUUUCUCACACCAAUUUGUUAUUGAGCAUUGUACAACAAAAUAAACCCUUUAUUUAAAAAAAAAAUUCUAUUUAUUAGAUCAUAAAAAAAAAUUCCAGCCGCACUCACAAAGAUGAACAUAGAAGUUUUCAGUUCAAACAAUAAAUUUUGAUUUCUCAAAUCACAUAAUCGUCCGAAUUUAGUUCUCAUAUCGUCAUUCGUUUAAGGUACGGAAUGGAAAAGAGAGUUAAUGUGUAGGUCAACAACCAUAAAAGAAACAAAACUCUUUCACAAUUAUGGUCAAUUCUUAUAACUUAAGUUUUUAUCGCUGAUUUCACUUUUUCCUAUAAUACGGGAAUGGAUGUUGUGCAUAACUUACCUAUUAAUUACUAUGCAUAAACCUAUACUUAAUAUUUAAUAUUUACUAGUUUUUUUGGCCCGCGCUUCACAGCGGCGAGAUUUAUGUAAUAUAUUUGCUUAACUAAAAUAUAUGAAAUAACUACCCUCCAUUUUACGUAAUAUAUUUAUAAUUUAGUUUAUGUAAUGUGUGGUCUAAUAAUAAAAAUUAAAUUAGAAAAGUUAUCAUAUCUAUUAUGUAAAAUUAACUUAACUUAUGGAAAAAUAUCAAAUUAGAAAAGGUAUCAUAUUCUACUAAUAUAUUAUGUAAAAGUUAAUUUACCUUAUGGAACCUUUUUGUAAUGCAAAUUGAUGAGAUAUUUAAUAUCGUAGUUAAUAAUAAAGAAAUUUUAAUAAAUAAUUAGAAAAUUAAAUUAAGAAGAGUAUCACAUUUGAUUAAACUAUUAUGCAAAAUAUAACUAAGCUUAUAAAACUUUUGUGUAAUGAAAAUUGAUGAGAUGAUCAACUUAAAAUAUCAUUACAAUUUAUAUUAUAAAAUGACUUGCAUAAUAAUUUUUAAUUGAUACAUAAGAAACGAUUAUCCCUCGAUAAGUUUUAUGCAAUGACUUAAUCAUUAUAAAAGUCAUUCCCUAUUGUGUUUUUCUUAAUUGGUACAUAAGAAAUAACUAUCUCUCCAUAAGCUGUACGUAAUGUCUUAAUCCCUACAAAAUUCACACCCUAUUAUGUUUUGUUUAAUUCAUACAUAAAAAAAAUUAAUGCUUAAAAAAUGUCUCUCUCUCCCCGUAUGUUUUAUAUAAGUCUUAAUCAUUACGAAAGUCACACCAUAUUAUGUUUUGUUUAAGUUGAUACAUUAAAAAUAACUAUUACUCUAUAAGUUUGAUAUGAUAUAAUAUACGUGACUUUUUAUAUCGCGGUGUUAUGUAAAUAUUUCCUAAUGUGCGGUCUAAUAAUAAAAUCAAAUUAUAAAAAGUAU